ACUUAUUACGCGAAACCUACACACUUCGCAAUUUCAUACGCCAAGAACACUUAGAAGUAUAUAUAAUUGUCUUUUGUCAUCUAGAUACAGAUUUUCUCCGAUAAUGCGUUGUUAAAUGUAAUCGCAGCGUGUGUACGUAAGUAUUAAAGUUUAAUUAUACCUUUGCAGACGAGAAAGAUUCCUGUGAGACAACGCCGUCAUGGAUGGAAAAGUGUACACUGAGAAAAUGAAGAAUCCCAGAGCGGAUGCCAACAUCUUCAGCGUCUUGACGUUCUCUUGGAUCUUACGUACUUUCUGGGUGGGUUACCACCGAGAUCUUGAAGUAACUGAUUUGUACACACCUCUUAAGGAGCAUACAAGUGAUGUUCUUGGUGACAAAUUGGCAAAGGCCUGGGAGAAGGAAUGCGAGGCAUACCAGUGUCGACUGAAGCAGGUCGCGAAGAGCGGAUCACAGAAGAAGAUCAAGGAGCCCAGUCUGAUGAAAGUUCUUAUAAAAUGUUUUGGCCUCAAGAUUAUACUGUAUGGGAUUUGUGCGACUUUUGCGGAGAUCGCGAUCAGGGGGGUGUUGCAACCGUUAUUGGUAGGCCAAAUGUUGCACUACUUUAACUCUAUGGACGUCGACAAGUUGCACGCGUACAGCUACGCCGUCGGCAUCAUUCUCUGCUCCGCUUUUAAUGUGUUCGUUACCCAUUUGACUUUGAUGGGUAUUACGCACAUGAGCUUGAAGAUUCGCGUCGCCUGCUAUUCACUGAUUUACCGCAAAACAUUGAAGAUGACCAGAACCGCGUUGAGCGAGACGACAAUCGGCCAGAUAGUCAAUUUGCUAUCUAAUGACAUCAACAGAUUCGAGGUCUAUCUCAUAUUUCUCCAUUCUCUCUGGUUCGGACCUUUGGAGACCAUUAUCCUCACGUACGUAAUGUACUACGUAAUCGACAUCGGAGUAGCGUCUAUCAUCGGUGUCGCUGCUCUGCUAAUGUUCAUUCCUUUACAAGUGUGGUUGGGCAAAAAAUCAUCGGAGUUGAGAUCAAGGAUCGCUAUCAAAACUGAUGAGAGAGUGCGAUUCACGAACGAGAUUAUCAGUGGAAUUCAAGCCAUCAAGAUGUAUACCUGGGAAAAUCCAUUCAGCGCCCUUAUAGAAAAAGCAAGGAAAAUGGAAAUUAAUAUUAUCCGGUGGGCAUCGUAUAUCAAGGGUGUCAGCACGUCUUUCAUCAUUUUCACCACGAGAAUAUCAUUGUUCAUCACAGUGCUGGCUUACACACUGUUCGGCUACGAAAUAACGGUUGAGAAAGUGUUCAUGAUAUCCGCAUGUUACAGCUGUUUAUGCUUGUCCAUGGCUAUGUUUCUUCCGCAAGGGAUAAGAGGGGCAGCGGAAAUGAUUGUAACCGUAAAACGGCUGAAGAAGUUCUUGAUGUGUGACGAAUUGAUAUCUUCUAAGAUCGAAACGAAGAAGACCAGCAAGGAAAACAACAAAGAUGCGAAGAAGAAUAACAAAGAAAGCGUAAAGGAGAAUAAUAAAAAAAACGCAAAGCAUCAGAAGGAGGCAAAUGCAAAGGAAGAUUUAACCGAACAAAAUAAAAAGGACUACACCAUCGUAGACGAGCCGAAGUGUGUCGAGUACAGCAUUUCGAUCAAGAAUGGCAGCGCCAAGUGGCAGGACUAUGAACGGGAAAACACCUUGCAUAAUAUAAACAUAAAUGUACGUCCUAAUGAACUAAUUGCUGUCGUCGGUCAGGUCGGUGCGGGCAAGAGCAGCCUGAUGAACGUCAUCUUGAAAGAACUUCGUUUGCACAAAGGUUUUAUUCAAAUUAACGGCAAAAUGGCCUAUGCCAGUCAAGAACCGUGGCUGUUUGCCGGAUCGGUGAGACAGAAUAUUUUAUUUGGACGAAAGAUGGAUCAGAUUCGAUACAAUCAUGUGGUUGAAGUAUGUCAGUUAAAGAGAGAUUUCAGUCUGCUACCUUAUGGUGAUAAAACAAUCAUAGGCGAGAGAGGUAUCAGUCUUUCCGGUGGCCAGCGGGCAAGAGUAAACUUAGCGAGAGCCGUUUAUGCCGACGCUGACAUAUACCUCAUGGACGAUCCUUUGAGCGCUGUAGACGCCCAUGUGGGCAAGUAUAUGUUUGAAAAAUGCAUCAGCAAAUAUCUAGGAAACAAGACUCGGAUUCUUGUGACUCAUCAAUUGCAAUACUUACGCAACGUCGAUAGAAUUAUUGUUUUGAAGAACGGAACUAUUCAGGCUGAAGGGACUUAUGACGAACUGAUCUCUAUGCGAGUGGAUUUCGGUCGGUUAUUGGAAAACCAAUGGGAGGCGAAUGAGAAAUUCUCUCCGCCUCUUUUGGCUUCUGCCAGCCGUAGAAAUUCGCACACCAGCAGUAUCAAAUCUUUGAAUUCUUUUAUGAUUGAUGACACUUCGAAACAGGGGCCUGCUGAAGUGGCUGAGAUGCGAACAGUAGGCAAUGUUUCCGGCAGAGUAUAUACGAAUUAUUUACGCGCUGGCGGAAACUGGUGCGUGAUAUCCAUAGUGGCUAUGCUUUUUAUAUCAACACAAUUAGCAGCCAGCAGCACCGACUUCUUUCUUGCCCAAUGGAUUGAGAUAGAAGAACACUUUAUGAACCAAACGGAAAACGGCGUCGUAGAGGACCCGAGGAGUCCCCUCACCCGCAUGCAGUGCAUCUACAUCUACAGCGGGCUGAUCGUGCUGACGAUCUGCAUCACCUUAAUUCGCUCGUGGAUCUUCUUCUGGACGUGCAUGCGGUCCUCAGUGCGCUUGCACGAUCGCAUGUUCCGCAGCAUCAGUCGCGCCACUAUGCGAUUCUUCAACACCAACACGUCGGGACGUAUACUCAAUCGCUUCUCCAAGGAUAUGGGCGGAGUAGACGAGAUGCUGCCCACUUUGUUUAUGGACAGCGUCCAGAUCAAUCUGUGGAUGCUGAGCAUCACCGUUCUGGUCGCCAUCUCGAACGUGUGGCUGCUGAUACCCACAGCUUUCGUCGGUAUUGUCUUUUAUUACCUGAGAGCCUUCUACCUGGCCACUAGUCGUAGCGUCAAGCGUCUCGAAGGCACCACUCGCUCACCGGUCUUCGCUCAUCUCAACGCGACUCUUCAAGGAUUAUCGACGAUCCGUGCUUUUGGGGCGGAAACGACCCUUAUAAAGGAGUUUGAUAAUCAUCAAGAUCUUCAUUCGUCCGCGACGUACAUUUUUAUCGCGUCUACGCGCGCCUUCGGCCUUUGGCUGGAUAUUGUCUGCAUUCUGUACAUUGCGCUGGUCACGCUGAGCUUCCUUAUGUUGGACAACUAUGGCCGCGGUUCGAGGAAUGGCGAAUAUGUAGGUUUGGCGAUCACGCAGAGUAUCAAUAUCACCGGCAUAUUCCAGUGGGGUAUGCGCCAAAGUGCUGAGCUGGAGAACCAGAUGACCUCUGUGGAGCGUAUCCUUGAGUACAGCAAAGUGGAUAGUGAGCCUCCUCUCAAAAGUAUCCCUGAUAAAAAACCCAAGUCAGAAUGGCCGCAGAGAGGCAAAAUCGAAUUCAAGAACGUGUUUCUUCGCUAUGCGCCGUUGGAGCCGCCGGUGCUUAAAGAUCUCACUUUUGUUAUCUUUCCUCGGGAGAAAGUCGGCAUUGUCGGCAGGACCGGCGCCGGCAAGUCAUCCUUGAUCCAAGCUCUCUUUCGUUUAGCCAACGUAGAUGGUCUGAUCGAGAUCGAUGAAGUCGACACAAGCCAGAUCGGCUUGCACGAUCUGCGCUCCAAGAUCAGCAUUAUUCCGCAGGAACCAUAUCUGUUUUCUGGUAGCCUGAGACGGAACCUUGAUCCAUUCAAUUCAUAUAUGGAUGAAGUGCUGUGGCAAGCCCUCAAGGAGGUCGAGCUGAAGGAGUUAGACCUGGAAACUCACAUCAACGAAGGCGGCUCCAAUCUCAGCGUCGGCCAGCGGCAGCUGGUCUGCCUGGCGCGCGCGAUAGUCAGAAACAACCGGAUACUCGUAUUGGAUGAGGCGACCGCGAAUGUGGAUUCGCAAACGGACGAGUUGAUCCAAAUAACAAUCAAAAAGAAGUUUCAGAAUUGUACGGUGCUGACGAUCGCUCAUCGGCUCAACACCGUCAUGGACAGCGAUCGUAUCCUGGUGAUAGACGCUGGCAGCGUUGUGGAAUUUGAUCAUCCCCAUGUACUGCUGCAGAAGGAGACAGGGUACCUGAAGACCAUGGUACAGAAAACUGGCAAACAAAUGGAGAAGAUUCUAUCCGACUUUGCCAGCGAUUGUUACCAGAAUCACACCACGCCCACAAUGCUUUGAUAUAUCCCGACAUUAAUUUUUAACUUUUAGCAAAAAAAUUAACAGAUAU